CAUCUCUGUGCCUCUCUGGCGUUACGCUCUUUCUCUCGUCUUCUCGCGCUCGACUAUCGGCCCCCAUAUCACGCUCCUUCUCGAGACUGACACGCUCGCUUCUGCUGCACCUGUCCGACGCCGCCCACAGACCGCAGCCUCUUUGUCUUCCGCUGACCGGCCGCAAACAUGCCCGCGAGCACCCAGUAUGAGGUCCUGCUCGACUUCACGAACGACACGCAUGAUUGCGCGACCGUGCAGCUAUUGCGCAACUAUGGCCGGAACUCGGGCGCGAUCGUCUUACUACAUCCGGGCGAGAGCAUCACGCUCGUCCUGGACGCAGGCUCGGUCUAUCAAUACGCACUAAAGACACGGUCGAAGGUUGCGAACGUAACAGCACGGACGUGGCGAGACGUCAACUGCGCUGUUUCCCAGCUCUUCCCCAGCCGCUCACACACCAUCUCGCAAACCUCGUCAGACCCAAGGAGACCAGUACACGGCAUCACCGUCGACCGGUUAUGGAGAGACAUGCGAUUCUGCAUGUGGAACGACUCGUAGCAUUGGCUCUGAGAGCCACCUAUUUACCGCAUAUACCAAGACAGUCUACUUCCCUAGCAUGACGACGUACACCCUGCAGUCUGUACG